AUGGAUCUAAUACUGAAUGUAUUUCUUGUGAUUAUUGGCUUGCUAUAUGUGUGCGGCAGUUCUGUGUUUAAUGGCAGCCAGAUCCAUCACAGUGAGAGUGAGCUGCUGGUGCGUAAAGCCCGCUGGCUGCCCCUGAUCUUUCCACGUGCUGAUCCCACAAGAUUGGAGAUGAUCGUUGGCUUUGGCAUACCCGUGGAGGAUCUCAAGAUAGAGUCUGUGGUAACGGGUUAUGUGUUCAAAGCGCAGUAUUAUUUGCCCUAUUCCGCCCGACAACUUAGGAUCAAAAAUAUUCAUGGCAUCAAUGAGCGUGAGCUACCAGCGAAUGCCACCAUCUUCCAGAAGAUCAUGCAGAAAACGGACGAGGAGCUGGGUGUGACAUCGUGGGACAUGGAUGAGAAUGUCCAGGCCCUGGCGAGCUAUCGCUGGACCGUGUACGAGGCCUUUCAGGCCCUGGCCAUUCGCAUGAACCUCCAGGGACGAGAGUGCAUCCUGAAGAGCAUCUGUGAGAGUGCGGCAGCGCCAUUCGAUGAAAGGAACGGACUGCUGGGCGAGCUACUCCAUAUCCUGCUCACACCCUCCAGUUCUGUGGAUCCCUUGUCCGAGCAUUCGGACAAUGACUAUCUGCAGGCCGAACGCUUGGGCGAGGCUGGCACUGACUGCGAUCAGGUAUUCCAGAGGUGCCCCAAAUCAUUGCUGCAACACUUCAGCGAUGUCCAUCAUUUGGGCAGCGAGUUCCUGAAAAUGUUUGGCUGA